AUGCUAAAAUCAUCCUCACGUGUGGUGUUAUUGCGAGAGGUUGGAGCCAACCCUAAUAAUCUCAAAUUGAAUAAAAUCACCACCACCACCACCAACAAUGUCAUCCAAAGACACUACAGCUCCUCUCGCCACAUUAAAUUUCAAAACACUACAAACGUAACAACUCGGGUGUGUCACGAUGAUUUUCAAUUCGAUCAUCAUCAUCUACAAGUAUCAUCAUUGCAUGAGGUGAUCAAUUUUCAAUCUCGUUACAAGAGCGCUCCAACAAUCAGACACUAUCACUCGUCUUCUCUGUUGCUCAAUGAUGUAUCCACACCCUCCAAAUCCGAAAAAAGUCAAACGAACGACACUCAUGAUGGCAAGUCAGAAUCAUCUUUGGGUCCACAACCAUCACAACAACAACAACAACGUGAUCACCCUCCUGUACCACCUCAGCAAGAUGCAUCCGAUACUCAUCGAAUCACAUCAUCCAAUGACCCACAUCCAAGUAAGGCUCAUCACUAUCAUCAUCACCAACAACAACAUGAAUCCCAUUCAUCUCCAAAACAAACCACCACUCCGAAAUAUUCAUUCAAUUAUCAAGAUUAUCAACAAUGGAUUGGGAAGGCUUACAGUCUAAUGGAUCGCGUCAAACAAUAUUUCGAUCAAUGGUUUUAUAAAAUGUCCUAUUAUGGAAAAUUUUACUACCAAGGCCUCCGAAGCAUUGUAACAGACACCAAAAAGUAUAUGGCGUUGAAAAAGGAAAUUAACAACAACAGACCAUUUCACUUGGCAAAUAGAUCUGAAAUUCUAUUUACUACUCAAUAUUCUAUUGAGGUAUUGAAAGCCAUUCCAUUUAUUGUAUUAAUAUUUCCAUUUUCAGUUGCUUAUUACAUUAUGGCAUUUAUUUUUCCAAUUUUAUUGCCUUCACAUUUGGUUUUGCCAAGAAGAAAGGUGCAAAUUUUAAAUAAUAUCAAUAGAAUUAGAAAAGAGCAGAAAAGAUUGAUUAUUGAGAGAUUACUGCAAUUUACAAAUUUAGUGAAUAACAAAUACAUCAAAGUAGAUGAUGAGUUAAUGGAACAAUGCAACCAAUUCACAAACAUUUUGAGAAAUAUUUCUAAAUAUCAAGAUUCAAAGGCUUCUUUUAAAACUCAUCAAGAAAGAAAAGAAUUUAUUUCCAAACUGUUGAAUGACAUGAAAAAGUUGGACAGAACUAAAUUUGUAGACCAAUAUCUUAAAUUCCAUUUCAUGUCUACUACUCUUUUGGACGAUAUUUGUAGAUUUGCAUUGAUUGGAAGAUCUCAUUUGGGAGGAAUUAGUGGCGCCAUCAAGGAGGACAAUACUUCCUCAAUUUUGGGCCUUAGAAAAUACGAUCCAAACAUUUUACAACAAUUAAUAUUCAACUUUUUAGAUGUUCUUGCUUCACAUGAGCAAGCUCAAGCUCUCACUCCUAACACUGUUAAGAUGUACCAAUUGAAUAGAUUUAUCAAGCAAAUGAGAGAAGAUGAUAAAUUCAUUUUCAUGGAUGAGGAGCUGUCCAACGUGUUAAAUACGAAAGAGGAAACUCCAAUCAGAGAAUGGCUGAAAAUAUGCUAUGUGAGAGGUCUCGUCGAUGACCCAACGUGUUACGGUGGUGUGAAUACAGUGCUGAUCACAUCCGAUGAUUUGAAAAUGGCAGGAAAGCAUGCACCUCAAACCUCUACUACCACAGUAGCAAGUAUUCCACCAGAAAAAGUUCAAGAGUUAAUUUCAGAACUCAAAGAGUUGCAUGCACUCUGGUACAAAUUUACUGAGAAUAUCAAAUCUAACGAAUUACAAAUCAUCACUUGUGUCUUGUUAAAGUAA